AUGGCUGCUCAGAAAGAUCUCUGUGAUGCCAUUGUGAUCGGGGCAGGCAUCCAGGGCUGCUUCACGGCAUACCAUCUGGCCAAACACAGGAAGAGGGUCAUCCUGCUGGAGCAGUUCUUUCUACCGCACUCCCGAGGAAGCUCCCAUGGGCAGAGCCGGAUAAUCAGAAGGGCAUAUCCUGAAGACUUCUACACCCAGAUGAUGGAUGAGUGCUACCAGAUAUGGGCUCAGCUGGAGCAUGAGGCUGGGACCCAAUUACACAGGCAGACGGGGCUACUGCUGCUGGGAAUGAAGGAGAAUUCAGAAUUAAAAACGAUCCAGGCUACUUUGUCUAGACAGGGCGUGGAGCACCAGUGCCUUUCAGCUGAGGAGCUGAAACAACGUUUCCCCAAUGUUCUGUUGGCUAGGGGAGAAGUGGGGGUCUUGGACAAGUCCGGAGGAGUUCUCUAUGCAGACAAGGCCCUCAGAGCCCUGCAGGAUGCAAUUCGACAUCUGGGAGGCCUAGUGUGUGAUGGAGAGAAGGUGAUGGAGAUAAAACCGGGGUUCCCAGUCACGGUGAAAAGUAUGGCCGGGAGCUACCAAGCCAAGAGCUUGGUCAUCACAGCGGGCCCUUGGACCAACCAGCUCCUCCGUCCCCUGGGAAUAGAGCUGCCUCUGCAGACCCUGCGAAUCAAUGUGUGUUAUUGGCGAGAGAAGGUUCCCGGAAGCUACGGUGUGUCCCAGGCCUUUCCUUGCUUCCUAGGCCUGGGCCUCAGCCCGGCUCCCCACCACAUCUACGGGCUGCCCUCCGGAGAAUACCCAGGGCUGAUGAAGGUCUGCUAUCACCACGGCAACAAUGUAGAUCCUGAGGAGCGGGACUGCCCGGAAGCAUUCUCAGACAUCCAAGACGUCCAGAUCCUGGGCCGCUUUGUCAGAGAUCACUUACCUGACCUAGAGCCCAAGCCUGCCCUUUUGGAGCCCUGCUUGUACACGAACACCCCUGAUGAGCACUUCAUUCUUGAUCGACACCCAAAGUAUGACAACGUUGUCAUCGGUGCUGGAUUCUCUGGACAUGGAUUCAAGCUCUCCCCUGUUGUGGGGAAGAUCCUGUAUGAAUUAAGCAUGAAAUUAACGCCAUCGUAUGACUUGACACCUUUUAGAAUGAGCCGCUUCCCCGGCCUGGGCAAAGCCCACCUCUGACCCCUGGCCAGCGCCUCCUU